CAUAUACAUUCAUGACACCUGAAUACGGAGUGAAGCCAAUCAUUAGUAAAAUGGAGUAGAAAUACCACACAAUAUAAAAAGCAGUAUCAAAUUCAAAUAGAGUAAAUGAACUGCAAAAUCGGAAUCACUGCUUUGACCACUCGAUGGCGCUGUGACCUGCUGCAAAUCUGCUCCAUAAGUGGCAAAUGACCAGAAUCCAACACUGGCUCAGGCGCAACUCCGAUUUUUAACAUUAUGAUAGGACGCAUCUCUGGACAAUGUGCUGAGCGCGUCCCCGGGGACUUCCAUCAAAGGAUGGUGCAGGAUGCGGCGGGAGGAGGGGGCGCGCGCGCCAUGUGUCUUUACAUAACAGCGUCUGGCCCCGGAUCCCAUUGGAUGACAAACAGCUGUCCGCAGCUGCAGCUCAAGCGUCUCUCCGGUAAACAACACGAGCGCCGAGGGAGGGGACGCGCGGCGCGCGCACCGCCUUAAAUUAGCUCUACCUGUCGCUGUCCGUUAGGCGGUAAUGAUGCGGGCGCACGAGGCGGAGCCGCUCGGACAUGAGUAAGUGACGUCAGCUGCCAGGUCGCCGAUCAGUGAAACAAACAUGGCGACAGAAUGGAGCGGGCAGCAGGGUUACGUUCUCACGGUCAUCAUCUGCCUGUGGAGCGCCGUCGGCGGCCGCACGGAGGCGGCGGCCGCGGCCGCAGCGGCGGCGGCGGGCAGGGCCGGCUCCGGAGCCGGAGGCGGCGGCAGGGGCGGCGGCGGCGGCGGCGGCAGCCAGGUGCUCGGCAUGCGGCUGGAGCGCAGCGACAAGCCGUCCAGCACCAAUGACGACGGUGUCAUCCAGGUGACCGAGGAGAGCUCGGUUCAGCUCCGGUUUUACGGGGUGCAGCUCAGCUCGGGCGCCUGGACGCAGAUCCGCUUCACGGAGCUGACGAGCGGCGGCGACGGAAGGGACGCGGAGGACGCGGCGGACGCGGCGGCGCGCGGCGGCGCCAGCGGCAGCGGCAGGUCGGACGCGCCCGAGCGGACCUGCGCCGACUUCACCAAGGACAUCAGCGUCGGCGCCUUCAUGAACGUGAGCCGCCGCGGCACGUCGGGGCUGCUCACGGUGCACGUGAAGCCGCUGCGCAAGAGCGAGCCGCUGAAGGAGUACGCGCUGUGCACGCUGAGCGCCGACGGGAGCCGCUGGCUGCUGCUGGGCGACAGCGACGGCCGCGUGCUGGUGCUGGAGGAGAAGAAGUCCCUGCUGCCCGUGUGGCUGCAGGCCAUCCUCAUCUCCUGCCUGCUGGUGCUGUCGGGCAUGUUCAGCGGCCUGAACCUGGGGCUCAUGGCGCUGGACCCCAUGGAGCUGCGCAUCGUGCAGAGCUGCGGCACCGAGAAGGAGAAGAGGUACGCGAGGAAGAUCGAGCCCAUCCGCAGCAAAGGGAACUACCUGCUGUGCUCCCUGCUGCUGGGCAACGUGCUGGUCAACACCACCCUCACCAUCCUGCUGGACGACCUCAUCGGCUCGGGCCUGGGCGCGGUGGUGGCCUCCACCAUCGGCAUCGUGAUCUUCGGCGAGAUCGUCCCGCAGGCGCUGUGCUCCCGCCACGGGCUGGCCGUGGGCGCCAACACCAUCCUGCUCACCAAGUUCUUCAUGCUCCUCACGUUCCCGCUGUCCUUCCCCGUCAGCAAGCUGCUGGACGUCCUGCUGGGCCAGGAGAUCGGCACCGUGUACAACCGGGAGAAGCUGGUGGAGAUGCUGAAGGUGACGGAGCCCUACAACGACCUGGUCAAAGAGGAGCUCAACAUGAUCCAGGGCGCCCUGGAGCUCCGGACCAAAACCGUGGAGGACGUGAUGACGCCGCUCAACAACUGCUUUAUGAUCCAGGCAGACGCGGUCCUGGACUUCAACACCAUGUCUGAGAUCAUGGAGAGCGGCUACACGCGGAUCCCCGUGUACGACGAGGAGCGGUCCAACAUCGUGGACAUCCUGUACGUGAAGGACCUGGCCUUCGUGGACCCGGACGACUGCACCAACCUGAAGACCAUCACCAAGUUCUACAACCACCCGGUGCACUUUGUGUUUCACGACACCAAGCUGGAUGCGAUGCUGGAGGAGUUCAAGAAAGGUAAAUCCCACCUGGCCAUCGUCCAGAAGGUGAACAACGAGGGGGAGGGAGACCCGUUCUACGAGGUGCUGGGACUGGUGACGCUGGAGGACGUCAUCGAGGAGAUAAUCAAAUCUGAGAUCCUGGAUGAGUCUGACCUUUACACCGACAACAGGAACAGGAAGAAGGUGGACCCCAACAAGAACAAGCGGGACUUUUCCGCCUUCAAGCACGACGGCGACAGUAAGGUGAAGAUCUCCCCUCAGCUCAUGCUGGCGGCUCAUCGUUUCCUCGCCACAGAGGUGAGCCUGUUCAGCCCGUUCCAGAUCACAGAGAAGGUUCUGCUGAGGAUCCUCAAACACCCGGACGUCAUCCAGGAACUUAAAUUCAACGAGAACGACAAGCGCUCGCUGCAGCACUUCCUGUACCACAGGGGGAAGCCGGUGGAUUACUUCAUCCUCAUAUUGCAGGGUCGGGUGGAGGUGGAAGCUGGAAACGAGAACAUGAAGUUUGAAACGGGCCCGUUCUCCUACUAUGGAGUCAUGGCUCUUAGCUCUCCAUCACUGGCUGUCACCCCUCCUCUCUCCCCAUCAGUGGCGUCCCCCCCUCCGCGGCGUCUCUCUCUUAAGAGGUUUUCUCUGUUCUCUCGUUUCCCAGAGUUUCGUUCCCCGUCGCACGGGGGCAACCUCAACCGCUCGGCGUCUCUGAGCUGCACUGAGCGCGCUCCAGAGAGCGGCUCCGUGGGCGGCAGCAACACUCAGAUCCCGGGGACCCCUUUCCAGUACAUACCGGACUUCUGUGUCCGCGCCCUCACAGACCUGCAGUUUGUCAAGAUCACACGUGCUCAGUACCAGAAUGGGCUCCUGGCAUCCAGGCUCGACAGCUCGCCGCAGUCUCCGGACGGCGGCCGCGCCCGCCUGGACACCUCCGUCUCCUUGCCCCCCGUGACGCCACCGGGGACCCGCACCCCAAUACGUCUGGCCACGCCCCCCGUGAAGCACCCGCCGCCAAAGGCCCAGCCGACGCCGCCCAGUGGGCGCGGCGCCGCGUCCUCCAGCCGCCGGCCCAGCCAACCGCUGCCCCAGAGCACCCCGCCCCCCAGCAACCACACCCCCCUCGCACAGACCCCGCAGUCCUGCGUGGGCGCCGCGCCGUGCGCCUUCAACCCCCACCCGGCCCCGUCCUGUAAGACGCAGCAGUCCCCCUCUUCUGCCAGUCCCGAGGACGGGCGAGAGACCACCGCUCUGCUCAGUGAGCAGCAGAACUCCGCGGGCCUGCGGCAGCCCGGCCACUCUCAGGCGCUCCCCCACCCACAUGUCCACACCAUCAGUCACGCACACACUGAAAGCACCAUCUAAAACUGCAUGCACACCCUCGCACUACUUCUGCCCGUCGUGUCCCGGACACUCCUGUAGAUGAGGCGUAGAGACUCCUGCAUGGUCCCCACCCAGCAACCAUCCUGAGUAGAGUCCAAAAAGGGAGCGGAACCGAGCAGAGCAUCCUUCCAUAAGCGACAGGCUGGUUUUAAAGGAUCAGUUCACACAGUCAUCCUGCAGAUUUAAUGCUGCAGCCACAACAUGCAAAGCGGUUUUGGGUUCUUUUGUGAAACCUUUGGUCAAUUUAACUGAAUUUCACCCUCGUGAUACAUCUUCAAACUAUUCCUCUCCUGCUCCACCACAGGACUAUAAUCUCAUAUACUGAUGUUUUUUCAGCUUCCACAAGCCAUGCUGUCUUUUACGUCGUUCAGUUUGAAGCUGGUCUCUUUGCACAAUUCACCUGUUUUUGGUUUCUGCAGGGAUGGUGUUGUUGAGCAACAAGGAAAGGGAUCCCAUUUGACGUGAGCUCGGCGUUUGUAACAGGAGCGGCCUGUUCCUCAGCAGCUGCAUGUUCAUUUACACCAAAACGAGAACAGGUGUGGGUUUUGACCACCUGUUUUCCAGAAGCACAUCUGCACUUUGAAACGAAAGCAUCUCAUCAUUUGUGUGAACUGAUCCUUUAACUGUGGCACGAGUAAAUCCAGGUCUGUGCUGGACACCUCUGCUCUCAAAGCUGCAGUUUAGCCUUUGCACUGAAGGUUUUACUAGGUUUCACUUCAGGAUUUGUGUUCGCUCUCUAUUUGUUAGUGUUCACCUGUUGUUGCGUACGUGAACUCUUGUCUGCGCGGUGUGUUGGUGCUGAGUUUCGACUCAAACGGUGCAAACGGAGCAGGUUGGCUGCACUGAGGAGCUUCACAGGCUGAGGUUAAACUACCAGUGGUUUUCACUUUAGUAUGCGUGGUGUAAACACUCCUGCUUGUUUGGAUGGAACCAGAACAGCCUCCACAGUCCUUUAUAUUAUUUAAUGUAUUAUUUAUAGUUGUUUUUUUUUCUUUUAAUUUUAACAGAUUUUUUAAUCACAGUUGGCAAUAAUUAAUUCCAGCUGAGCCUUGAGUUGCCUAAGAAGUGGAGUAAGACAGUGAAGAUAAUUAAUCCAUGUUGAGUUUAAAAGUCAAAGCCACUGGUCAGUGUAACUAGAGUGAUGUGAUGCUGGCUGUCUUCCUGGACCAAGGCAAUAUGUUUUCAUUUUUUAAUUUAAAAAGUUAUAAUAAAUUAUUUAUUUUGCAUAAACUUAUACAUACUGAACAUUUAGAUUUUUUUGUAUAUGUAAAAAAAUAUUUUGUGUUUUAUUUAUUUUUUUGAAAACCUUGUAGUUUAGGAUUAAGGAUACGAUGCACAAACUGCACAGUGGAAAAUCUGAUUCCACUAAAGUUUCCUCACUGUGAAGCGAUUUUGCUCUGAAACAAGCGUCUGUUUGAAGCACCUCAACGUGGGUCUGACCAAAGUGGACCCCUGACCGACUUGUGUUGGAAACUACACUUGUUACUGGAUCUGAGUGGGGAAACCCAAGUGUUUUGUUUGGAUGGUUCACAGAACUACUGACUGACUGGAGGUUCAGUUCGACACCGAAUGCUCUGCAGGUUUUCAAGCUCUUUUGCACGUCGUCUGAACAGCAGAGCGUCUGGACGUGUUUCACAAAUCCUGAGGCCACAGGAUCAGAUACAUUCAUGUUUACCAGUUCACCUCUGGUUCAUGUGAUCGUGGUGUUGAGUUAAACUUUUUUACUUUCCUGUUGAACAAGAUCGAUACUCAAUGCCAGCAGGACGUAACCAGGAGAAUAGCACAAAGUUCAGAAAAACAAAAGCACCCAAAAUCAUUAAUUAACACUUCUGUGGAACAACAACAAAAAGCACAACACAAUGUGUUAUUCCAGAGCUUUAGAGAUGCUGCUACUAGAUUCCAGUCUUUUAUGCUAAACUAGUAUCAGCUACUUAACCUCUCAAUCGAGUUUCCUGCUUUGUCGUAUGGACGAAGACAUGGUCUGUAGCUAAACUAUUCCUGUAGCUCGCUAAGCAGCCGUUGACGCUGCUCCGGCCUCCUGUUUUUAGCUGUAGCAGUCACGUCAGCGUUGUCUGCUUUUCUCCUAGAAUGACAAAUAUUGACCAGUAGUGAGGCUUUUUUGGCCCAGAUGAAGAAGCCUUCAGCUUCACCAGGCGUUAGAUCACAGAGUGCACUGUCAGGGAUUAGAUCAAUUACUGAGGCUCGACAAGUCAGCCAGGCAUGGGAAGGGGGGGCUGUGGAGGUGCUCCCUCUCAAUGUGUGUUUGUUCUGUGAGCUUGUCUCAGUGUUGGGAUAUAUAAACAUUUGAAUGAGUUCAGUUUUGUCAGGUACAACACGUCAUUGCUCUUUGGCACACUGUAUUUUUUUUUUAUUGUGGAUUGUUUUUGCCAAAACAUUUAUUUAAGAAAUUCUAGUGAAGAGUUAGGAGAUGUCAAAGGUCCAUUUACACCUAGUAGUUUAGCUGUACCUGGCUUGUGCCUUCCGCCGCUGAAUCCAUGCAGUGUUUAUACAUCAACCCACCUUGGACAUGAACACGAGUGAUGCUGCAUUCUCCAACCACACAGUGGCAUCGAUUGUCUUGUCUUUCAAGAAAAACGUAAAUGAUUUCUCAACAAGCUAGUCUUUAAAGCAAACUUUGCUUGACAUGCAUUUAUUAACCUGGGAGCAAAGUGUCUCACACUAACUAGUAAGGGAUUAGGAAUAGCAAACAUUCCCCUGCAUGUCUUCACACUCCUCCAAACGGUGUCGUUAAUCCUGUCCUCACCGGGAGCUAAAGCUCGGAUCAGCGAGACAGGAUGUUUUCUCACAGUCAUUGUGUUUGGAGUUAAUUCAUAUUCACUGCACUUUAUUGUGUCUGUAAAUGAUACUGUAGCUGCUCGGCUCCUGUUGUGAAGGACGUUUGGCCUGAUGGUUAACAUGGAGAUGACUGUAGAGGCUCGUUGCCCACUCUCCGGCGGCCGGCAUGUGAUCUGCACGUAAAGGAACGCAGUCAAGAGACUGUAAAAAGCAAAUAUUUUUGUUGAUAUAAUGAAAAGGUUAUUUGUGACAGGUGCACAUGACAAACUGUUGCAUAUUCUAGCAAUGAGUAGAAAACAAAGAAUCUGUUUUUAUGGGGAUAACUGUGUUACCCGCUAGGAGAACCUGACGGCCCGAGGUUCAUUGUGUUGUGGUGAUUUGAUGCACUUUUUGGGUACAUGCACCAAUAAUCAACAGGUUUUGUGUUUUUGUAUCUGUGUUUAUUUUUUUGUCAAACAACCAUAAAACCAAUGUGGGGCUGAUGAAGCGGGUCGGUCCAUGGGCCCACUAAUAGUUGGAUCCGUCCACAGAGAACAUUUGCACUUUGUAAAAAGGUACCUGCGUCUAAAGGACACUUAGACCUGCCUGCUGGUUCAUAUAGGUCACAUGUAGCAAUGGGUCUAUACUGGUUUCCAUUAAAGCCACUGGUUGGCUGUGUGACUGCCAGUUUAUGUAAUUGUUCUGCUUAGUAAUGUUUAUUGUAUUCAUUGUUGUUAUUGUUCCUGUAAAUAGGACGAGAGAGAAGCUGAAAAUAGCUUAUUUAUACUGAGCAGAUGUUCUUUGAAUUCCACUGUUUUCUUAAGAAGACACUGUAAAGCAAUAAACACAGAGUGGACAUAUAGGGGCAAUUUAUCAACAAAGUCCAAGUUUUACACUUAGUUUAAAUACUAGUGAUGCACCACAGAAAAUAUAAUGUUACUAAUAUAAUGAUUUAUUUCACCAAAUGCAAGCAAUUCCUACAAACAAAUUCCUACUUUUGUUCUUGUGGCUUCUUUUCUUUGUUCCGAUCUCCCUUUCGCUCUGGUAAAAACCUGUUUGCACCCAGGUCCAUGCUGGAUCUGUGCCAGCCUCCCAUAUAAAACCCAUUCCACCACAAAACCUUUAAAUAACCAAAACAAAAGGACCAACAAAACACAAUACACACAAAGAGCACCUAAAUUAUGCCAGUAAAUAUUUAAACAUACAUAAUAACAAUUAAAGACCAACUAAACUAACAAACAACAAGAGGUCAUUGAAGAAUUCACUCGUAUCUUCUGUAGCUUUCUGUUGUUGUGACAUGUGAUAACUGAAGCAUUUUUCAUCGGUUAUCUUCUCCUCCCACGCCUCCAUCUCACUCUUCCUUUCCUUUCCUCCUCCAUUCCUUCUCGCUACGCGGCCCUGAGAACUCCUUUCCCGCUGCUCAGAAGUAUUGAAAUUCCUCCGGCUUCCACCGCUGAGCCGCUGUUAUUGUUCUGGCCUUGUGCUUCAUGGGACGAGAGCAGGGGGGAGUCUGCGCGGCGCUGCGAUGACUGGACCUGUAUGAAUGUUGCAUGAUUUCUAAGGCACGGUUUCAAACCAAGACAUGUGGCCCCAGGACACGUUUUCACACCCAGAUACAGUUAAAUUCUUGGCACUCAGUCAGCAUUUUAAAACCUGAGCGCUAAGUGUUGAUUGAAGACGAACCAAAGACCUGAGGUACAAAACCAAUCACGUUGCAGGGGUUCGUGGGACUCCUGGAGUGUGCCGCUGACCCGGCCUGGUGGAGCCACCGAGCCUUUCCGUGUCCUCGAGGUGCGGCCUCAUGCAGGCAACCUGUUGGGCAGGUUUCUGACAUUCAGACGCCGCUUCAACAUGUUUGCUUUUCGUUGCGCCGCGGAGCCGGAGCAGCACUUGCAGAAGUGGGCUGUGUAACUUGACGCAAUGUGUACAUAGUGUUUUAUAAGUGCUGAGAGCUUUCUGAUGAAAUCUACGGGGUUAAUAAACCUGAGAUAUUUUCUCUACAGAA